GCGUGAAAAAGAUAAUUAAACCGUUAUCAAUAAGACCAAUUAACUUUGACUAAACCUCUCUGGUCACGCUCCUCGUCCCAUGUCGACAUAUAAUAACUCUCUCGCUAUUCUCUCAGUAUAAGACAGUUCACACUUCGACACUUUGUCGAAAGGUAGAAAAACCCCACUCCAUUAUUAGACACAGAGAAGGCAGAGAGACAAAAAGAAUGGGAAAAAGUUUUAAGCUUCGGUUCUCUAAAGUCAUUGCCUCCUUCCAUUCCUGCCGUUCCAAAGACUCUUCUACUCUUCCUGAAAAUCCUGUUCCUUCUAAUUUCUUCUCAAAAUCAUCACAUACUAAGGCCAUGACUACAAAACUCAUCACCCUCGAUUUCCCUGUCGUAAAUAACUCACCUCCUUCUUCCUUCAAACGCCACGUGUCAGAAACCAUGGUUUCUGUUGGCUGUGGGUUUAAGUCUCGCUCACAAGAAUUCAAGUGGGAGAAAGAAGACAAGUUUCACGUGGUUUCCUCCUUUGAAGAUUCUGAAGGGGAGAAUUGGGCCUUACGACCACCUUCUACUCCUCCAAGAUUAGCCGUUGAGAAGAAGAAACGCCGAGUUAAAAAGACGAACAAGACAAAAGCCAGACUCCGAAUGAGCACUUCCUCAGCUGAUGACAGUGGGAUUUUAAGCACUACUGAAACUUGGGAUAACUAUAACGAAGAAGAAGAUGAAACUGAAACCUUGGUUUCAUCUUCGAGAAGCUUCGAUUUCUCAACUGAUGACUCGUCUACAGAUUUCAACCCUCAGUUGGAAACCAUAUGUGAGACCGCUACUAUACGGCGUCGUAAAAAGAGGAACAGAAAAACCAAGAGGAGAGUGAAGCACUCAAGACGAAGCUUCUCGUCUUCAAAGGGUAGAAGGUCGUCAGUUUCUACAUCAUCGGACAACGAGUUGCCAGCGAGGUUGUCGGUGUUCCAAAAGCUGAUAUCGUGUAGCGUGGAUGGGAAAGUGAAGGAGAGCUUUGCGAUAGUGAAGAAAUCACAAGACCCGUACGAGGAUUUCAAGAGGUCAAUGAUGGAAAUGAUUUUGGAGAAGCAAAUGUUUGAGAAGAAUGAGUUGGAGCAGCUUUUACAGUGUUUUUUAUCACUGAAUGGAAAGCAUUAUCAUGGGUUGAUUGUUGAGGCUUUCUCCGAGAUCUGGGAGACCUUGUUUUUAGGUAAUGGUAAUGGUAAUGGUAAUGAUAGAGCUAGAAAUAUGUCAACUCAUCCCCCUCCACGUACUGUAUGCAGAACCAUUUGAAUCCACUUUCUAGUUUAAAUGUUUUCCUCUAUCUUCAUCUGUCAAGAUUUAGGGGUUUAAUUAUAUUGGUUAGAGUUUAAUUUCUAUGCAUUGCCCAUGUAAAAAUUAUUGAAAUGUCAAUUUCUUAAAUUGCAGUA